AGCGGAAGAGCUGGCAGUGAUGAUGCCCGGUAGAGUAACAAGCAAUGAGCGGCGGUAGAUUAGAGGCGGUGGCCGGACAGAGCACUUCGUGAUGGGAGACAAGAUGUUGUCGCUGUGGCUGACGUGGGUGUGCUUCAUGCAGAGCUCUGGGUUGCUGUCUCAUGUGGAGCAAUAUGAGGUGGUCAGACCUCAGAGACUGCAGGAGAGGCAGAGGAGGAGCCUGAAGGAAAACCAGCUUUACCCUGAUAAGGUGCAGUAUGAGCUGGCCAUUGAAGGGAGGAACCACACUAUUUAUCUGGAAAAAAACAGUAAUCUUAUUGGGAGAGGCUACACUGAAACUCACUAUUCAGAAUAUGGGAAACGAGUGACGACAUCACCAAGUGAGGAGCACUGCUAUUACCACGGCCAUGUUGAAGGCGUGGUGGACUCUUCGGUCAGUGUGGGGAUCUGUUCGGGCAUUAGUGGCUUUGUGAGAGCCCGGCAGCAGGUUUACCUGAUCGAGCCUCUGGGACAGUCUGACGACGGGGACCAUGCAGUUUACAGACGGGAACACCUGAAGAUCAGCGGCAAUCCCAGCUGUGGCUCCUCGUCCAACACCACCAUGCUCUACGACCACGACCAGGACCAGAACCAGGACCGUGGCCCUCAGCUCGCUGGGCUCUUUAGGUCCAAAGCAUGGAAAACUAAAUCCGUCACAAGUGUGCAGAGGUUUGUCGAGCUGUACGUGGUGGUUGACAACACUGAGUAUAAACGAUAUGGAAGUGAGACUAAAUCCCGUAUCCUCGGAGUCAUAAAUCACGUAGACAAGCUGUAUCGACCUCUGAACAUCCGCGUCAUGCUGGUGGGGCUGGAGAUCUGGACGAACAGAGACUACAUCAACGUUGACCUUAAUUCGGAGAUGACCCUGGACAACUUCCUCAAAUGGCGCCAGGAUGAUCUUCUGAAGAGGAUCAAACACGACAACGCUCAGUUUGUGACUGGCAAAGAUUUCGACAAAGAUACAGUUGGACUGGCAAAUAAGUUCGCCAUAUGUACGGAGAACUCAGGUGGAGUCAAUCAGGAUCACCAUGACAACGCGAUAGGCCUCGCUUCCACCAUUGCUCAUGAGAUGGGACAUAACUUUGGUUUGUCCCAUGAUGCCGUGGGCUGCAUGUGUGGCCCAUUUUACAGCAGUGGGAACUGUGUAAUGGCAGAAAAGCUCAGGACAGGAAGUCAAGCGUUCCCGGAGUUCUUCAGCAGCUGCAGCGUGGACCAGCUCGCUGAGUUCAUGGAGCGAGCUCAGCCCAGCUGUUUGGGUAAACCCAGCCCCGUUAAGACCAUCGUUGUGGGCCCUCGCUGCGGCAACGCCCUGCUGGACCCUGGAGAGGAGUGCGACUGUGGCACCGUGGAGGAAUGCAAGAAUCCUUGUUGCGACGCCUCUACGUGUCGCCUGACUGAAGGAUCCCAGUGUGCUCAUGGACAGUGUUGUGACAACUGUCAGUUCAAAGCUACUGGAAGUGUGUGCAGGAAGUCAGCCAGCGACUGUGACCUGCCUGAAUACUGCACCGGUGUGUCGGAGGACUGUCCCGAGGACAGCUUUGAGAUGAACGGCAAACCCUGCUACGACCAAGUGCAGGGCUACUGCUACAACGGCCAGUGUCCCACGCAUGAGAAGCACUGCUGGAGGCUGUUCGGACCAGGGACCAUAGUUGGGCCAGAUAUGUGUUUCGACCUGAACAAACGAGGCGAGGAAGGUGCCAACUGCGGGAGGAACAAAUUCGGCUACACCCCCUGUACUGCACAGAAUUUAAAGUGUGGAUCUAUAUUUUGUGGAGGAGGGGGCGAGUCCAUCACAGGUAAAAGAGCAGCCUACACUGUGUAUGGCAUUGAAUGUAAACUAGCCGUGGACGACGACAAGACCAGAAACAUUGACAUGGUGCCUAAAGGAACCAAAUGUGGAGCUAAUAAGGUCUGCCUUGACAACAGAUGUGUGGAGGUAUCAGUUUAUGGGAAAAAGGAGGAUUGUGCAAAGAAAUGCAACAAUAACGGGGUGUGUAAUCACAAGAAAGAGUGCCACUGUAACCCCGGCUGGGCUCCACCUUACUGUGACAUCCAGUACGCAGAUUUACCUCCAGGUCAGACUGGGAUAAUAGCUGGUGUGUGUGCAGCUCUCUCCAUCCUUCUGGUGAUCACUGUGGUGAUUGCAGGGCUGAUGUGCUGUAAGAAGGACAACAUGGACAACUACAGCUCCAAAAGGAAAGUGCACUCAGCUCCGGGCAAGUUGAACCCGAUGUUCCAGGAGCCGAGUGUGAAGGAAAGGCCUCAGAUCAGUCAUCCUACUUUUAUGGAAUCGACAGCAACACAAGCCUGUGCUCCUCUGAUUGUUACUGUGCCUCCCAGCAGGCCGGCUCCACAGCCACCAAGUAAAGUGUCUUCAGGGUCGUCUACCUCACAACCUGAGCCAACAACACCUCAACCUCCAGCUAAACCUUUACCACCUCUGUAUAAACCACAGCACAAGGCAGCUAAACCAAAUCCUCCUCCUGUACCUCCAGUCAAGCCCAGUCCUCCUCCAGCAGCCAGAAUCAAGCCCUGCACUCCUCCACUACCCCCAGUGAAGCCACAAGUCCACAGACUCACAUGAAAUUCUCAUUAAAGAUAUCAAGUUUAACCAAAGCAGAAGACAUCAGCCUGUAGUUGUAUGUAUAGAAAGAGAGCGAUCCUCGCCGGGAUCAGAGCGCUAAGUCACGGAGGAGUUUGGAAAAGUUGACUCUUCAAAGCCUUUAAAGAUGUCAAGCGUGACAAGGCUUCGCUGACCGAGUCUGUCUUUGAUGACUCAAUACCAACAGCUUUAGCUGCUGUGGAAAAGUGAUUUUUUUUUUUAAGGGGUGGGGGGGUUGGGGGGGGGGUUGGGGGCUUUUCCCUUGAAAUGAGCGUAACGUUGAGUGGUCUCUUUGCACUUUUAUAAGUGUGAGCAAAAUGGUGCUCACAUGAAAAUGUACUUUUUAAAAUAUUUAUAUUAUGUUUGCAAAAGGAACUGUAUGAAAAUUAUUGGUGGGAGAUUGUACUUAGUUACUGAAGAGAGGCUAGCUCGAACAUGUGAUCACAACUUGUUCCUGCUGCUCUCAAGUGGCCAAAAAUCAGUUAUGCAGGUUCAACACGUUACGUUAUUUAUAGAUAAUAGAGGGGAGGGUGUUGCAGUUUUAUUCUUAGCCAAGGUGAAGGGUCUAUUUGAAAUUUUAACUUUAAGUAUAGCUUAAUUUAUUUAUGUCUUUAAUCCUUACGCACAACAGGUUGUAUUACCUUUUGUGUGAAAUGAUGACAUCAGCAUUAUACAAUUCAUACAGCUCUACAGCAGCAUGAGUUGUCUCAUUGUUUUGUCGCUACCACUAUUGCUAUUGUGUAAUUUUAUUGUUGCAUGUUCAACUAGAAUGGACGGCGCAUACCUCUGCCAAGGCCAAACAGUCCUACACAUGUCUGAUUAUUAUCUGGAUCUGCACCUAACUGCACAGACCCAGAGAUCUCAACAUCAUCAAUGACUCUUGAUUUGUUCAAGACAUCAAGACCCAAACAUUAUUUCCUGAGUAAAAACCAACCCCUAUCUCGUAAUGUUAAGGAAAGUGAUUAAAAAUUCCCUGGAUCGUUCCACCUAGUUUGGCGCUAAUUUGUGCAGUAUUUUCCGCACAAUCCUGCUGACAAACAAACAAACAAACAAACACGGGACAUGACAUGGGUGGAAACAACCUCCUUGAUGGAGGUAGUAAAGCUGGGGAGGGCUGCUGAAGCCCCGACCCCAUCCUGAUAAUUUUCAUACAGUCCCUAAAGUGUUUCCAAAGCCAGUUUGCGCCUUCUUCAAGGUUAAUUUCGUAUCUCUUUGUACUCUACUUGAAAACGUAUGAAUGGUACACACAGCAUGGGAGGCUUUGCACAGUUCAGAUGACCUGUGUGUCUUUCUGUGAUUCAGCUUGAAACAUUUAGAUGCUCCUUUGUUUGUUUCCAGUCCCAGUCGGGGUGUAUGACAGAGCCUCGAGGAGCAGUUGAUUUUUUUUUUACUGCACUGACAUUUUUCAAGGGCAACAGUCACAGGGUUUAUACCUUUACGGUUAAAUUGUAAAUCAGUAGUUUAUCACUGAUUGGUCUUAAAAUUCAAAAUAUCAGUUGGCAUGAUCAUGAUUGUUUUUUUUAAUGUCACAUAUAAUUGACUGAAUGUAAAAACUAAUGAAAAGCCUUAUGUUGCAACAAAUAAAGUGCACCUUAUUACUAGUAAAAUGAGAUGAUCAGGUUGCAUCAGCAGAUUCCGCAAUCGGUGUGAAGUGAAACAUGAUUGACAUUUUUAUCUGCUGUGUUUUUCAGAAGUUCAUUAUUGCAUAAUGAUUAAAACUUACAUUUUUCUCAA